ACCGGUAACAAUAGUGGACAGAGCAGAACAGACAGAGAAACGAAGCGAGAAGAAGAAGAAGAAGAAGAAGAAGAGUCAAUGGAGGAUUUAUGGAAGAGAGCGAAAUCGUUCGCAGAAGAAGCGGCUAAGAAAUCCCAGACCUUAACGUCGACCUCCACACUCUCCGAAUUGGUCUCGGAAACUGCCAAAAAGUCCAAGGAGCUCGCCGCCGAGGCCUCCAAGACUGCUGAUCUCAUCAAAACGGCCGCCAUCAAGCAGGCCGAUCACCUCAAAUCACUCAACGUCGCCGACAUUAUUCCUCCUCAGCUUUCUUCCAUUUCCAUUCCCAAUUUAUCUGCUCCCUCGCCUCAUUCUCAGUCCGAGCUUGAAAAGUUUGGCCUCAACGACGAUCUGAGAGAAUUUGUGAGUGGCUUCACUCCAACUACUUUCCAGAACUUUCCGAUCCAAGACGAACCGGAAGCGUCUGACGUUGCGGUUACAGCCUCGAAUGUGCGCAAGGAUCUGACGGAAUGGCAAGAACAGCAUGCAACGUUGGUUCUCACCAAUGUCAAGGAAAUUUCAAGAUUAAGAUAUGAACUAUGUCCGAGAAUUAUGAAAGAAAGGAUAUUCUGGAGGAUAUAUUUUACACUUGUUAGCAGUCAUGUUGCUCCAUACGAGAAGAAAUACAUGGAAGAGAUUAAGCUGAAAUCUGAAGAACAACGAAAAGCUGAUGAUGAAGCCAAGCAAACUCCGUCGGUUGGAGCCUCUGAAAAAGUUGAAGAGGCGGAAAGGAACCUGAAGGGUACAGCUUCCAAACCAUCGUCUGCUGAUCAAGACUUGGAUACCUUUCUUUUGGGAGAUCUUGAAGACAGUGACGCAGGAGGUGCAGAUGAUGGUGACGAAAGCUUCGAUGAUGACUUCGACAAGAUUGAAAACUCGGAUGUCGAAGAAGAAAAUUCCAAGUCCAAAGCCACAAGUUAGAACAUAAAGCACAACAAGAAGAAGAUGCAACAGGGAAGAUGGGGUUUUUAAUAGGAUCAUGGCUUGGCUUCCAUGACAAAAAGAACGGGCUGUUGAGAAGAAAUUCGUGGUGAAAUACUAAACGAGAAAGUGUAUUACAGGUUGUUUCAUUCCCAAAAACGAAAAAGGAAGAAGAAGAAGAUUGUUGUUUCUAAAAAUAUCAUUAAAUUCUAUUCAAUUGUAUAAACAACACUGUCAUUGGUUGAUGGGGAUGACUGGUUUUCCCUUGCUUGCAGUUUAUACAGAAUUUACAGAUCAAUUCUAUUUUAAA